AUGUCUGCUGGUUCAGUUCUUGUCGCUGGUGGUACGGGCUACAUUGGCUCGUUCACCGUCCUUGCCCUGCUUGAGGCUGGUUACAAGGUUGUCGUCGCUGACAACCUGUACAACUCCUCUCCUGAGGCCCUGAACCGUGUUGAGGCUAUCUGCGGCAAGAAGGCCGAGUUCGUUCAGCUCGAUGUCACCGACGAGAAGGCUUUCGACCCCGUCUUCGAGGCUCACCCCGACAUUGACAGCGUGAUCCACUUCGCUGCCCUCAAGGCCGUCGGCGAGUCUGGCGAGAAGCCGCUGGACUACUACCAGGUCAACGUCUACGGCACCAUCAACCUGCUCCGCGCCAUGGUCCGCCACAAUGUCACCAACAUCGUCUUCUCCAGCUCUGCCACCGUCUACGGUGACGCCACCCGUUUCCCUGACAUGAUCCCCAUCCCCGAGCACUGCCCUCUGGGUCCCACCAACCCCUACGGUAACACCAAGUUCGCCGUUGAGACCGCCAUCACCGACGUGAUCAACGCUCAGCGCAACAACGCCAUCAAGGCCGGCAACGAGGCCGAGGCCAAGAAGUGGAACGGUGCUCUGCUCCGCUACUUCAACCCCGCCGGUGCCCACCCCAGCGGUAUCAUGGGCGAGGACCCCCAGGGUGUCCCCUACAACCUGCUCCCCCUGCUCGCCCAGGUUGCCACUGGCAAGCGCGAGAAGCUGAUGGUCUUCGGCGACGACUACGCCUCCCACGACGGCACCGCCAUCCGUGACUACAUCCACAUCCUCGACCUGGCAGACGGUCACCUGAAGGCGCUGAACUACCUCCGCGCCAACAACCCCGGUGUCCGCGCCUGGAACCUGGGUACCGGCAAGGGCAGCACCGUCUACGAGAUGAUCCGCGCCUUCUCCGCCGCUGUCGGCCGUGACCUCCCUUACGAGGUUGCCCCCCGCCGUGCCGGUGACGUCCUGAACCUCACUGCCAACGCUAACCGCGCUACCACCGAGCUGGGCUGGACCCCCAAGUUCACCCUCGAGCAGGCCUGCGAGGACCUCUGGCUCUGGACUAAGAACAACCCCCAGGGUUACCGCCAGCAGCCCCCUGCGGAGCUCCUCGCUGCGCUGAAGAAGUAA